CGCGUGGCUGCCGCUCCGCUUUUUUGGGUGAUGUCGCCAAACCGGCGCCGGUCGAGCCCCUCAGGCCGGGCGGGGUUGGCAGCGGCGGCGGCGGCGCGGCCCGCCCAGUUACUGCUUCUGGAUGCUAUCUUUUCAAAGUUCUCAAUUAUGAACCUGUGAAAAGGGUUAAAUAGGAGGGGUGUGUGUGGCAAACUGAAGUUACUUAUCACCUGGAAGACUCCACUGAGAAUUGGAGUGUGACAAGUUAGCAGAGGAAAGAAGUUAUUGUUUCCAUUCCAUGGAUCCCUUGGGUGCUCCUUCCCAAUUUGUGGAUGUUGAGAGCCUGCCAGGCUGGACUGAUGCCUAUGAGGCUAAGCAGCUGGACUCUCAUCAAAAGUCUGUUGAAAAAGUGCAAGUUGAUGUUAGAUCACCUUUUCCAUACAGGAAGGACAUCAAUGCAAAAAUAAUCUUAUGGAAAGGAGAUGUAGCGUUACUGAACUGCACAGCCAUAGUAAAUACCAGUAAUGAGUCUCUCACUGAUAAGAAUCCGGUAUCUGAAAGUAUAUUCAUGCAUGCUGGGCCUGACCUGAGGGAUGAACUCCAGAAGCUCAAAGGCUGCAGGACAGGCGAGGCUAAACUCACCAAAGGAUUUAAUUUGGCUGCACGUUUCAUCAUUCAUACAGUGGGACCGAAAUACAAAAGCCGGUAUCGCACAGCAGCCGAGAGUUCUCUGUACAGCUGCUACCGCAACGUUCUGCAGCUCGCAAAAGAACAGGCAAUGUGUUCCGUAGGAUUUUGUGUCAUUAACUCUCUGAAAAGAUGCUACCCUUUGGAGGAUGCAACCCACAUAGCACUGCGCACAGUUAGAAGGUUCCUGGAGAUUCAUGGAGAGACUUUGGAGAAGGUGGUGUUUGCAGUCUCUGAGCUUGAAGAGGCCACUUACCAGAAGUUGCUGCCUCUGUAUUUUCCAAGAUCAUUGGAAGAAGAGAUACAAUCCUUGCCUUACCUCCCUGCAGAUAUUGGCAAUGCGGAAGGAGAGCCUGUAGUACCAGAGCGGCAGAUCAGGAUUACUGAAAAGCCGGGUGUUCCAGAUGAUGCUUCAGAUGAAGAGGGUCUGGAGGCAGAUUUAUCUUUCAUUGGUUCCCAUGCUUUUGCCCGCAUGGAGGGAGAUGUUGAUAAACAGAGACGCCUCAUCCUUCAGGGACAGUUGUCAGAGGCAGCACUGCAAAAACAGCAUCAGAGGAAUUAUAAUCGCUGGCUGUGUCAAGCAAGAGCUGAAGACCUUUCUGAUAUUGCCUCUCUUAAAGCCUUGUACCAGACAGGUGUAGAUAACUGUGGCCGCACAGUGAUGGUGGUGGUUGGAAGGAAUAUCCCCGUAACAUUGAUAGACAUGGAAAAGGCUCUUCUGUAUUUCAUUCACGUCAUGGAUCAUAUUGCAGUGAAAGAAUAUGUCCUGGUGUACUUCCAUACGCUCACAAAUGAUUACAAUCAACUAGACUCUAAUUUCUUGAAGAAACUCUAUGAUGUUGUUGAUGCCAAGUAUAAGAGGAACUUGAAGGCACUGUAUUUUGUCCACCCAACAUUUCGUUCAAAGGUUUCGGCAUGGUUUUUCACAACCUUUACAGUCUCAGGGCUAAAGGACAAAAUCCACUAUGUGGAAAGCCUUCAGCAGUUAUUCACAGCCAUACCCCCAGAACAAAUUGAUCUCCCCCCUUUCGUCCUCGAGUAUGAUGCCAGGGAAAAUGGGCCUUACUAUUCUUCUUAUCCUCCAUCCCCUGACUUGUGAUCUGCUGUCCUGCCAAUGCUGCUGGUUUCCCAUGGAUCCAAUGACCUGAUGCCUGCCAAAACCUGUGCAUUUGUCCAUGUACAGAAUUCAGAGAGAGGGUUUUCCUCCCCCAGCUCUGGUAUUUUUUUACUGAUGUGAUAUUUUCAAGCACUCAAGCAAUCAGAGAACUUUAUGCCACUGUGAACUGUACAACUAUUUCAAAUAUAUUUAUCCAAUGGAAAAGUUGAUUUAAAGAUCACUAGGUGCAUUUUUUUUUAUUUGAAGUGGUUACAUUUAUUUCUGAACAGACUUUCUCUUUUCUGGGAAAUCCAUCAGAAGCACUUGAUCAUGUUUUAAACUACUACCAUUUUCCAGCUUCGUUUGUAAUACCCGUUUCUGACUGGUCUGUACAAAUAUUGUGCAGUACCAGCCUGACACAUUGCUCAUCAUAGGGUCUCUGUGUUUCAAAUCUGAUUACUUUGGUCUUGACCCAGCAAAACUAUCUGGAAUUGGGAAUGCCAUGUCUGCAGGCUGAACAAAGCACUACAGCCAAGCCAAGAUUACUGCAAGACUUGGCUCACCUAGCAUUUGUGGUGCUAGGAGCCUUGGUAAAGUCCCUGUCAGUUUUCAUUGGAUGAUGUGACAUGUCAGGAUGCCACUACCCUCCCAGUAGGAAUAAACUUGAAAAGCAUUUGUGGUUUCUUUCCUCUAA